AUGGGGAAGAAGUCGAAAUCGAAGAAGGAGGCGCCCAAGGCCGCCGAGAAGGCUCAUAAGAGAACGCAUGACGAAGUCGAAACCGACCAGCUCGUUGACGAAGUCGAUGGCGAAUUCGACGAUGUAGCUGAGCUUUUGGGCCAGGACAUCAAGGACCCUGAUGCUCAGAAGGAGGCCAAGAAGAAGGCCAAAAAGGAGAAGGCCGAGGCCCAGCAGGCUGCUCAGGAUAAGGCCAUCAAGCCAACGGUGGAAAAAACCGCAGAGGACGAGACCGAGGACGACGUGAACACGGACUUUGAAAAGGCCGAUCUCAGUGAACCCACCAUGAAAGCCAUCAGAGGCAUGAACUUCACGAAAAUGACCAAGGUCCAGGCCAAGACGAUCCCGCCGCUUUUGGCUGGUCGUGAUGUGUUGGGAGCCGCCAAGACCGGUUCCGGUAAAACGUUGGCUUUCUUGAUUCCAGCCAUCGAGCUCUUGUACUCGCUUAAGUUCAAGCCCAGAAACGGUACUGGUGUGAUUAUUAUUUCGCCCACCAGAGAGUUGGCGCUUCAGAUUUUCGGUGUUGCCAGGGAGCUCAUGGAGCACCAUAGUCAGACGUUUGGUAUUGUCAUUGGAGGCGCUAACAGAAGACAGGAGGCUGAAAAGCUUAUGAAGGGUGUCAACUUGUUGAUUGCCACGCCCGGUAGACUUUUGGAUCACUUGCAGAACACGGAAGGUUUUGUGUUCAAGAACUUGAAGGCCUUGGUUAUCGACGAAGCCGACAGAAUCUUGGAAAUCGGUUUCGAGGAGGAGAUGAAGCAGAUCAUCAAGAUCUUGCCCAACGAAAACAGACAGUCGAUGUUGUUUUCCGCCACACAGACCACCAAGGUCGAGGAUUUGGCCAGAAUGUCCUUGAGACCAGGUCCCCUCUACAUCAACGUCGUUCCAGAGAACGCUAAUUCCACCGCCGACGGUUUGGAGCAGGGCUACGUCGUUUGCGAGAGUGACAAGCGUUUCUUGCUUCUAUUUUCCUUCCUCAAGAGGAACGCCAAAAAGAAGAUCAUUGUGUUCCUUUCGUCGUGUAACUGCGUCAAGUACUUCGGUGAGUUGUUGAACUACAUCGAUUUGCCUGUGUUGGACCUCCACGGCAAGCAAAAGCAGGCCAAGAGAACGAACACUUUCUUCGAGUUCUGUAACGCCAAACAGGGUAUCUUGAUCUGUACCGAUGUGGCAGCCAGAGGCCUUGAUAUUCCUGCUGUGGACUGGAUCAUCCAGUUCGAUCCUCCAGAUGACCCCAGAGACUACAUCCACAGAGUGGGUCGUACCGCCAGAGGUACCGAGGGUAAGGGCAAGUCGUUGAUGUUCUUGACGCCCAACGAGUUGGGAUUCUUGAGAUACUUGAAAGCCGCCAACGUGCCAUUGAACGAGUACGAGUUCCCUGCCAACAAGAUCGCCAACGUGCAGAGCCAGUUGACGAAAUUGAUCAAAAGCAACUACUGGUUGCACCAGAGUGCCAAGGACGGCUACAGAUCGUACUUGCAAGCAUACGCCUCGCAUCAUCUCAAGACGGUCUACCAGAUAGACAAGUUGGAUUUGGUGAAGGUGGCCAAGUCGUUUGGCUUUGACGUUCCACCCAAGGUGAACAUCACGAUCGGUGCCAGCGGCAAGCUGAUCGAAAAGAAGCACAAGAAGCAGAGGAGGAACCACGCUUUCCUUGUGCCCUUGAAAAAAGACAAAUCCGUCACGACCCACAAUGGCUCUUUGAGUCACAACGACAUCAUCGGGAAGCCAAAACGCAUCUACCUUCCUUUUACGAAAAGCCGAUCGCUGAAGAACCCAGCUGCCGACAAAUUUGUCGUAACAGAGCCUACUUUAGACGAGUAUGUCUCGUUAUGUCGCCGAAGAGCCCAGCCUAUUUACGCUAUGGAUGCUGCUGUGGUAGCCCAAAUGGGAGAUAUAGAUCCGUUUGGAGAGGAACAAAAACACUACCUUGAGGCCGGAACAGGCAAUGGGUCUUUGACUUUGGCAAUUUGCCACCAUCUACAUGCCGCCAAUGCCCUAGCACGCCAUUUCAAGGAUCCUUCUCAACGAGGAGCCAUUCUUCACUCGGUCGAUAGAAACAGAACACACCAGGAAAUGGGACAGCACAACGUGGAGAUCUAUACCUUGGUGAUUUGGCCAAAGCGCUAG